GAAAACAUUUUUGGGGGAAGACGUUCAUCUGGCAUUUGGAUAACCGACAAUCAACCUGUCGCAUUGAGGUAAGAUCAUUAUUCUCAAUUAUCUCAAUUCUAUAAAUAGAAUAGCCUGUCAACUGUUCGUUCGAAGUAUCUGAAAUUAUUAUGAUAGUCGUAAUUUUUUCUUAUCAAGGUUAGUUGUGUUUACACAUCGUUGAUUGCACAUGAUUUUCUCUCGCAUUGUACACAGCCAAAUGGACCAAAAACACAACCUAAAAUUGCGGACUUGUUUGUACGACGCAGGCCUACCUCACCAUCUGCACCCCCUCGUCCCUGCUACACUACCGGGCUACCCAGCAUUCAACCACAGAGGUUCACUCAUGCUGGGUAGGGAGUUACACCUACCACUGGACAGGCUCCGCCCCACCGCAGUCCAGAACACACUUACACCAAAGUCAAAGCUUCAGUCACCCAACGUCAGAAGCAGAUGAAACAGUGGUUUGACAUGAAACAGUGGUUUGACAAGAAAAAGAGUCAGAAAAAGAGUCUGGUCAGGAUACCAGAUAUCAUUGUGGCAGACUGGGUGAGAGCUCGCCGACCGCACAGGGAGAACAAGAUGGCCUCAAUUUGGUCCAGUCCACAGCAAGUGGCCCGCCGACUGGGACCAGCCUCAUACCUCCUUGAUGAUGAUACCCGCUGGCAUCUUGGAAAAAUCAGCUUUUUCAAAACGUUCUUGCUGUAUGACAUCAGUCUGCUCUCUGCGGCUCCUGUGACACUCCCACUUUCAUGUGAGGGAAAGGUGCAACAAGACGGUUUGUUUGGAUUUGAACUGCCACUCCUUGUGACUGACCUUUUGAAGGAUCCAUCCUGUGAAGUACAGCUGAUUAUAGAGAACAUUGUAAGGGCUAUAUAUGAGAAGGGGGGUGUGCCUGGCCGUGUAUCAUCUCCAGUCCUGAGAGCCACAAUGCACAGUUUCACUCUGAGCAGCUGCCCAAGCUCAGUCCUACUGGAUGUAGACUGCGAGGCUAAACUCUCAAGAAAACUACAAUGCUUUUGUACCUAUUCUACCAGGACCAUCCCAAACAUCACCUCUUUUGCCACAUCACUAACUACAGCACUGCAGACAAACAAGACCUCCAGCGAUGACCCUGUUGCUACUGGUCCUAUGAUUGCCAUUGGUAUUGCCAUUGGUAUUGCCAUUGGUAUUGCCAUUGCUGGUUUCCUCAUCAUCAGUGCUUUAGCGGUCCUAUAUAGGAAGAAGAUUAUCGCCCUUUACCGCGUCUUUAUGGAAUGGAAGAACAGAAGCACAUCAGCGAGAAGCUCCACUGAAGAUCUUUCUGACUAUCCACUUUCUCAAAAGAAAUCGCUCUUGACGUCAGAGAGAAAUGGUUGUGUCCUGCUGUCUGUCAUCAGCAGUCUUCACGCCACUCCUCUAGCAUCAUCCUGUAAGGCGGCAGUGCAGCCUGAUGGCUCGUUUGUCUUUCAGUUGGGGUUAGACUCAACUACACUCUCUGACUGUGAACCUCAAAUCAUUGUUGGGGAAAAGAAAAAUGUGUGUGCUGUGUAUGAAGGAGGGAAAGUGCCAGCUUCCUGGCUGCCACCAGUCCUUGGGGCCACAAUGUUCAACUUCACUUCGAGCAGCUGCCGAGAUGUUAAGAUUGGCUUGGACUGUCCACACUUAUUUCCCCGUAAAUACCUGCCUUGCUCCUGUGACUCCUCCAGUAGCAUGGCCCAGACAUCAAGCUCCACAGCCAGGCCACUUGCCUCUGUGUCAAACUCGGCCGAGACCCUCCAUGACAAGUCCCCUUUUCCAGUGGGUGCUGUUAUCGGGUGCAGUGUUUUUGUAGUGAUCAUAACUCUUGCCUUCAUUGUCUUCAGAUGCAGGAAGAGGAUUAACAAAGAGCCCACAAAAGCCAGCACAUCUGCAUCAAACUCCAACGAAGACCUUGUUGGUCCUUUGAAUCCAUAGUCCUUGGUCCUGACAUCCAUUUUAACAAGAAUUCACUUCACUGCCUGCUUUUCUAUGUAUCUCAAUUGUCAGUGUGAUACAGGACAGAAUAUGCUGUUCGGCCAACCAUUGGCUUUUGGUUUUGGAGGGGGCGAGAUAUGUGUUGAUAACCAUCAUCAUCAUCACACACAGAAAAUAUUGUUGACAGCCAUGACUUCAAGUAGGCCUAGCUAGUGCACAGAGCCAAUAGUUCUACAUUUCCAAUGAACAAAUACAACCACUUGGUUUUCACGUUCAUGUCAAGAGGAAAUGACGUGGCCACUAUGUAGACAGUACAUUUGUAUGGAUGGAUGAUUCUGGGUCUUUGUCAUCUCUUAGGCUGCAACUGUGAACACUUCUUUCAUUCAUAUUUAUUUGUUUUUCUUACAUGUAUUUAUUUUUCUUUUUUAAUGUAUUGAUAUUAUGUU